UGUGACACGUUUUUUUUCAACGGGUUGAACAAUUUCGGAUGACGAAAUGGGACUCCAGGCACAGUGACUGGACAAACUCGAACUCUUCAACAUGCCAUCUAAAAAGGACAAAGGAAAGGCCAAGGCGACUGACGCCCCACCAAAGGAGAUCACUCAAAAAGAUCUUGAAAAGCUCGCAAAGGAUGUCGACAAGAUCGCUAGCAAGGUACAGCACCGUCAAGAAAAGGCUUUAGCUAAAGGCGAACCCAUCAAGGAAAAGAAGAUCGAUCCAGCUAAGGAGGCGGAAAUGAGAAAGAAAAUCGAAGCCAUGGUUCAAGCACUUUCCAAUAUGGAACAGACUGGAGCCAUCAAGGCAUCAGGAAGAAAAGAUAUGGGCGACCACAAAUUCUGGAACACCCAGCCUGUUCUUCAGCAUGGCGAAGAUGUAACGGAAGAAGGCCCUAUUGACCCGGCGGUGCCUCGGGAUCAAGUACAGCAAGAGCCUUACCCAUUGCCUAAAGAAUUUGAGUGGUGUGAAGUGGACAUUCAAGAUGACAAGCAGAUUAUUGAGUUGUACCAAUUGCUGACAAUGAAUUACGUGGAGGAUGACGACGCGCAAUUCAGGUUUGAUUACUCUGCUCCAUUUUUGAAGUGGGCUCUACAGCCUCCUGGUUGGAGAAAAUCAUGGCACGUCGGUGUACGAGUCAGCUCCAACAAGAAGUUAGUCGCAUUCAUCAGCGGUAUUCCUGCAGCCGUUCGAUCUCAUAAGACGCUUCAUCAUCUAACAGAGAUCAACUAUCUAUGUGUCCAUAAGAAACUUCGCUCCAAGCGAUUGGCUCCAGUCCUGAUCAAAGAAAUUACCCGUCGUAGUCACUUGGAAGGUGUUUUUCAAGCUGCCUAUACAGGUGGCAUCGUUUUACCUACGCCCAUUGCUACUUGCAGAUACUACCAUCGAUCGCUUAAUCCCAAGAAGUUGGUAGAAUGCAACUUUUCUCGUGUUCCCAGAAACUCAACCAUAUCAGCCAUGGUCAAAAAGUUCAAAGUCGCAGAACAACCGUCCACCCCUGGUCUUCGUGAGAUGAAACCUGAAGAUGCUACACAAGUUCGUGAGCUUUUGAAUAAGUAUCUCAGCAAAUUUGAUGUUGCCCCUGUGUUUGAAACCGAUGACGACGUCCGUCAUUGGCUUGCGCCAACUCCCGAGGUGGUUUGGAGUUAUGUAGUGGAGGACACCAAGACCCAUAAAAUCACGGACUUCUUUUCAUUCUACACACUGCCUUCAUCUGUCAUAGGAAAUGAUAAACACAAAAGUCUCAAUGCCGCCUACAUGUUUUACUAUGCAAUCGAUAUCCCGGAGAAAGAAGCUGCAGACAGCUACGAUACUGCAAGAUAUACGAAACAGAGAUUAACGGAGCUAAUGCGGGACGCUUUGGUUCUUGCGAAACAGGCCGACUUUGAUGUUUUCAACGCAUUGAAUUUGAUGGACAAUUCCAUGUUCAUAGAUGAUCUUAAAUUUGGACCUGGUGAUGGCUAUCUUAAUUAUUACCUGUAUAACUGGAAAUGUCGUGACAUUAAACCCCAUAAAGUUGGCCUGGUCAUGCUCUAGAUGAUGAAUAUGGCAAGGAAAAUAAAAACCACCACCCCACAACCACGAAAA